GGCCCAUAAGAAAACAAAGGAGCCAAAAGGAUACAACCAAUAAAGCAUACAGGAGAGAAAGAAAGGGAAAGCUUAUGCUCAGUUGAUGGUAGGAUAAAAAGGGGCCGAGCCUCAUCAUCUCAUCCGUCAUCACCAUUUCGGAUUCAUUCUAUCCCCCACAAAGGUUGUGGCAGAAAGAUUAGAAACCUACCAAAGUUUUAAAGAUCCGUUUGGAAGAGAAAGACUUUUCAAUCACAAAUCAACAGCCAAACCAAGGUCUGUUCUGGUCUGUCUGUCUUUCUUUUCUCUCCUCUCUCUCUUUUUUUUUUUUCAUCCUUUCUUCUUCCUUAACAUCCCUUUUAAUCCCUUUUGCACCCCCAGAGGAAAUAGAAUCCAAGUUCCUUCUCCGUCCUUUUCUUUAGUAUUCCUCCUUUUCAUCUUUAUGUGAAGAAAGCAUGGAUGGUAGCUAGUGGAAUAAUCCAAAAGUCAUCCAAUGCGAUGCUUGUUUUGUAGACUUGGAUAAAUAUAUACUUUCAUAAAGUGUGUGCAGAGAGAAGAGAAGAACAUAUUCACAUCCUACCUAUAUAUGCUAGUGGUUUAUACUAGGAAUCUCUAGUUUUAGUAUUACUGUCUAUUAUGUGCGACAACAACAUUGAAGAUCAACAAACUGAUCAUUCUUCUCCUCAAACCAUAACAAAUAGUGCUAUUCAGGGCUUCCAAGAAAAGUUACAUCUUCAACCAAGCGGGCUAGAGAUGCAGCAACACAACAGUACUGAUGCAUACUUGGCAGCUGCUGGUGGAGGAAGGUCAUCAGGAGGAGGAGGACUGAUGUUCCCAGAAGUAUCACCAAUCUUGCCAUGGACAAUCCCUCAAGUUCACAGCUUCAAUCCAGUUCAUCAGUUUCGCGAUCACGACCCUUUUCUUCUCCCUCCACCACCAUCACCCUACGGGGGUUUAUUCAAUAGGAGACCUCCUCCUCCUGGUCUGCAGUUUGCGUAUGAGGGUUCAUCAUCAGACCAUCUCAGGCUUAUUUCUGACACCUGUUUAGGUCAAGUGGUUCAAGCUAGUUCAGCAGCUCCUUUUGGGCUUCAAGCUGAGUUGCAAAAAAUGACUGCUCAAGAGAUCAUGGAUGCUAAAGCUCUAGCUGCUUCCAAAAGUCAUAGUGAAGCUGAGAGGAGACGAAGGGAAAGAAUCAAUAAUCAUCUUGCUAAGCUUCGCAGCUUGCUCCCUAAUACCACCAAAACGGAUAAGGCAUCAUUGCUGGCUGAAGUAAUACAACAUGUGAAGGAGCUAAAGAGGCAGACUUCUUUGAUAGCUGAAUCAACACCAGUUCCAACUGAGAUUGAUGAGUUAACAGUUGAUAAUGCGUCUGAUGAGGACGGUAAGUUGGUGAUAAGAGCUUCAUUGUGCUGCGAAGACAGGUCUGAUCUCUUGCCUGAUCUCAUUAAGACAUUAAAGAGUCUGAGGUUGAGAACACUGAAGGCUGAAAUAACAACUCUUGGUGGUAGAGUUAAGAAUGUUUUGUUCAUCACUGGGGAGGAUGAUACAGACAGUGAUGACCAGCAGCAGCAGCAGCAACAGUACUCUAUCAGCUCAAUACAGGAAGCCCUUAAAGCAGUUAUGGAGAAAACCAACGGUGAUGAGUCCGGUUCAGGGAAUGUUAAGAGACAAAGAACCAACAUAAAUAUCCUUGAACAUAGGUCCCUUUAACUAUAUUAACAUUAUAAUCAGUUUCUUCAUCUUCCUUGUGUGUUAUUCUGUGUGCUUUUUGGUGUGUUUUUGUGGGGUUUUUAUUUUUCAACAAUAAUUAGUUUGUGCUGGUGUCCAACUAUUAGCCAUUCAGUAUCAUCAAUACGUAGUAUUACAACUUUACAAGGGGGUUUCUUCCCUAGUAUUAUUGUCGAUCAAAAUACACACAACUCUGAUGGGGUUGAGUUUAGCACUACUACUGAUAUGAUCGCACCCGAUAUGGAGUACACAUUUCCACUGAGGAAUAUAUAUGAAAGUCUGAAACAGACAACGUGGGACUGUGGUUGGUGGGAGUUCCAAGUUUGUUGUGACUCGGAUUGCUUGUGCUACUAGACAAUGCCACAGAGAGAAAGAAAGAUGGAGAGUGGGAUAAGAAGGGAAGAAACAGCGAAGGAUCUUUUUCGUGAGGAGAGAAACCUGAUAUAAAAACCUAAGAAAGAAAUGUGGAUUUUGAUAGCUUUCUUUAUCUCAUUUGGGGGGGGGGGGGGGGGCAAAAGAAGAAGUCAGUGGUGAGUUUGUUUUCUAGCGACGAGAUGCUUCUUGUCUCUUUUAACAAUCUCUCUCUCUCGGCAGCAUGUACAUGACAUAACAAUCAUAAGAAGAAGUGUCGAGACUUAAUCUUCCAAGAUAGGGCUUUAACUUCCAUCCAUAUAUAACAACUUUUCCUCCUGCAUCUUCCCAUUGGUACGAUAUGCUGAUUUAGGCUUCCAGCUCCGGUGGUCCAACGAAGAGAAGAGACAGUUUUUACCAAAGCAAGCAAGUUUCAGAGCUAUUCAUCACUCACGAGACCUUGUGACGACUGAGUUCAGAAGAAAAAUGUAUAUAUCAUGUUAUAUACUGGUGGCCUGAUUCCUUGCCUGCCUUCUCUACUUGGUCUUCCUUGACUCCUUCUUUGCCUUAAUUUACUUAUUUCGGAUUUGGGUCGUUGGUCAUGGUCAUGGCCUCAUGGGGUGUUGUCUUUGUUAAUUACUAGUGUCAAGGUUGAUCAUGAUGUCGGUCAUCUUCUCAUAUAUAUAUGGAUACAUGUUUUCACUUGGGGUU